GCUCUGAAGUUAGCUGCGCACUUCAAAAGAAUCGGAGCAAAGAUGGACUCCUAAGAAAUUUUUAUACACACCAGUCGUUCGACUUUCGAUUUUCUUCGUUAAAUUUUCUUGAAACGUUCGGGAUUAUUCUUAUAUGACCGAGUCUGCCGUGUGAACGAUGAUUGUACAGGAACCAGUGCAGGCGGCCAUAUGGCAUUGUUUAAAUCAUUAUGCUUAUCCAGAUGCAAUAUUUUUAGCAGAAAGGUUAUGUGCAGAAGUUGAUACAGAAGAAACUUUAUUUCUCUUGGCAACAUGUUACUACAGAUCCGGACGAAUUAGGCAAGCUUAUGCGUUACUUUCCAAGAAAGCUUCAAAUUCUGCACAAUGUAGAUUCCUUUUAGCCAAGUGUUGUUACGAUUUAGAAAAAUAUGCAGAAGCAGAAGCGGCAAUAAUUGGGGGAUAUUAUAAACAGUUGAAAAACUUGGAAGAAAUUGCAACGCAGUUUGGAGAACAUGCGUGCUUUUCACUUCAGAUUAUAGCAAAGAUCUAUUACAAGAUGAUGCGUACAGCAAAAGGAAACGAUGCGCAUAAAUUAGCUUUAAAACUAAAUCCAUUUCUUUGGCAUUCGUUCGAGGAACUGUGUAAUGUUGGCGAAGUGGUGGAUCCUAUAAAAAUUUUCCAAUUGGAUAAAUUAGAUAAUUUUGCAAUGUGCCAUGGUACUACAUCUGCUCCCACUUAUGCAACUGACUCGGAUUUUAUUGUACCAACAAAUAAUUUGAAUGGUACACCAGCUACGAAUGGCACUACUAUUACCCCUGCACAAAUGACAACAGCAUCAACUAUAAUUAAUGGCGUUGGCUCUGGCGUACGAUUAUAUUCUGCAGAUGAAAGUCCACAAAGUUUACCUACGCAUUAUAACAAUUGUCCUUCAAUAUCACCAAGAGCUAAACUUCCACGGUACCGUAGUAUGUUUAAUAAUAAUACAAUGAGCCCUCUUACUCCGAGCUUUGGUAUUUUACCAUUGGAAAGCAAUACACCUGAACCAACAGUUUUACCUUCACAUACUACCCUUACUGAAGCUAAUGAUCAGAAGAGUUUAGCAAAACGCGUUAGCAGUUUAAGGGCUCAUGUAGGACAAUUAAUGUCAAGAAAAGAAACUCCUCUGCAACAAGGGAAACCAGUAUUUUCACAAUCGGGAAAUACAAGUAAUAGCGCCAAUAUUGUAACAGUUACUCCUACUACUCCAACGCCAGCACCACCAACGCUACAAGGUACCAAUGUUAGACGUUCAUCAAGGCUCUUCAGUCACAGCUAUUCAGUCAAGGAAAAUAAUAAAUCUCCGAAUAGAAAUAAAUUUGCUACUCCGAAAUCUCCGUCACGCAAAACGAAAGCUAGACUUUCAAAAACUAACUUAAACAAAGCUAAUUUUAAUGAAUUAAAUGAGAGAAAUCGAAGUGAAAAAGAAAAAACUGAAACUAUCACAUCAGAAAAAGCUGUAGCCAGUGUAAAUGCAUUAAACAAUCAGGGUAAUACUAAUGUCUGUGCAGUAACACUCCAGAAACAGUGUGCUGAGGGUUUAAUGUCACUGCUACAGGAAUUAGGAAUGGCAUAUCAACAUUUAAGUCAAUUUAAUUGUAGCCAAGCUGUUGAAAUAUUAAGUGUUCUUCCGGCACAACACUAUAAUACAGGAUGGGUAUUAUCUAUGUUAGCUCGUGCACAUUUUGAAAUGGUAGAUUAUAAGAAAGCUGCCAGUUAUUUCGCUGAAGUGAGGCAAUUAGAACCUCAAAGGACUGAACUCAUGGAAAUUUAUAGUACAGUUUUAUGGCAUUUGCACGCUGAAGUACAACUCUCUACUCUUGCACAAGAACUUGUUUCCGAAGAUCGUAAUUCUCCAGCGGCCUGGUGUGCUACUGGGAAUCUGUUUUCUGCACAAACGGAACACGAAACAGCAAUUAAAUUCUUUCAAAGAGCUAUUCAAGUAGAUCCCAAUUUUCCAUAUGCCUACACACUCCUUGGUCAUGAAUACGUUCUGACAGAAGAGUUAGAUAAGGCAAUUACUGCAUUUCGUAACGCCAUCAGACUUGAUCCUAGACAUUAUAAUGCUUGGUUUGGAUUAGGGACCAUAUUUUCUAAACAGGAGCAAUAUAGUUUAGCAGAAUUGCAUUUUCAACGCGCUUUACAAAUUAGCCCACAGAAUUCGGCAAUAAUGUGCCACAUCGGUGUUGUGCAACAUGCACUAAAGAAAACUGAUGAAGCUUUGAAGACUCUGAACACCGCGAUCACGAAUGAUCCUGAUAAUAUGUUGUGCAAAUUUCAUCGUGCAAGUAUCAACUUCUCGAUUGGCCGGCAUGCGGAAGCACUUAGGGAAUUCGAAGAAUUGAAAAAUAUUGUACCCAAAGAAUCUCUAGUCUAUUAUUCGAUAGGAAAGGUACAUAAAAAGUUGGGUAAUACCGAUCUUGCACUAAUGUACUUUAGUUGGGCGACGGACUUAGAUCCAAAGGGUGUUAAUAGCCAAAUGAAGGAAGCUAUAUUAGGCCCAGGUCAGGGAGACGAAGAAUCUCCAGCAACUCAGUCAGACGAACAGCAGAUGCAGAGUAAUUCGAUGGAACAAGAAGUUGAAACUAACAGAGAAGCAAGUGCCGCGGGACUCGCCGCAAAUGUCUCAGUUGAAGCUCAUGCCGACGAUAGCGACGAUAGUUUAUGAAGAUGUCCUACUGUGUGCAAGAUUGCUGUAAAAUGAAGCAUUAUUGCGCGUCAUUGUUUACCUUUUCUAUUGAUCGACUCGAUCAGUCUUUCAACUAAUUUAGCUCAUUGUGAAUUCAUACUUUUUGCGUGCACUCGUCAAUUUCGUCUGAGCAGUGCUUUAUUAUUAGACUUUUAAUAUUUAUAAUUGUUUUCGUAGUUUCUUGGUAGCGCUGCGUCCUUUUGAGAAUUUAAACCGGCUGAAAACUAUCUCUGGUUUGCUUUUUAUUACAUCUAUUGGAAAGAAAAGGAGGUACUUCUGAAUGAUUGAUAUUCUUUGAGAGAAAUAGUGAGAAAGAAGAGAAGUUUGAAUGUGCGCGCGCGCGAUCAUGGGAGAAAGAGAAGCAUGAUAGAAAGAGUACAUGAAAAGGGAGAUUCAGCAAUAUCUAUUUCGUCGAUUUUGUACAUUACGCGUUUCACUGUAUAUUUUUUACGAUUGCUUUGUCUUACUUUUUGCGUUAAAGUAUGAGCGAGUGUUAACGUAAGCAUGCUGUAAGUAGAUAGGAAAUAUAAUUAAUUAACUGAGUAAAUAAGUAUGAAAAAGUGUAAAUGUAAAUUAUUAUUACUAUAUUAUCAAUAUUAUUAUCACCACUAGUGCUAUCAGUACUAUUAUUCAUAUAAUUACCGUUGCUGAUUUAGUGAUCAUAAAAGAAAGAAAGAAACAAACAACAACAAAAAUAUUUUUGGCCAUGUUAGUGGCCAUUGGACGAUCGUGCAAUUCUCGUUGUGAGGUAGUCAUCGUUGGAUUCGUGUUGCAAGUGAUUUCAUCAGUGGAUAGGUUGUUUUGCGCGCGAUGAACAGUAGAUAUAGAUGAUUUUGACGAGUCAAACUCUUUUCAUCCAUGCUCGCAACUGUUUAUCCUGGAAGUCUAUGUCAUAUAUUUACUGAUGAAAAGACUAUUUAUGUUCUGAAUAAAGUACACUCUACGAUCACGAA